CCUCCAUCGCCUCCCUCCUUCGCAGCCUUGCUCGGCCUGGACUCUUGGACCGGAUCCUGCCGAGCGAGGACUGGGUAUUCCAGCAGCGGGCCACCAUGGCGCAAGAAGACGUAGCCAGCGAGACGGCCGAGGCGAGUAGCCCCGGGCUGCUGAUGGAGAUCGUGAGCUCCCCGCUCAACCUCAGCCUGCUGGGCCUCUGCCUCUUCCUUCUCUACCAGAUCGUCCGGGGCGACCGGCCUCGGGCCCAGCGCGACGGCGAGGAAGAGCCUCCUCCGCUGCCCAAGCUCAAGCGCCGCGACUUCACGCUGGCCGAACUGUGCCCCUACGACGGCAUCCAGAACCCGCGCAUCCUGAUGGCCAUCAACGGGAAAGUCUUCGACGUGAGCCGCGGCAGGAAGUUCUACGGGCCGGAUGGCCCUUAUGGCAUUUUUGCUGGAAGGGACGCAUCCAGAGGUCUUGCUACGUUCUGCCUGGAUAAAGAAGCACUGAAGGAUGGAUAUGAUGACCUUUCUGAUCUGGAUGCCACGCAAAGAGAGACCUUGAACGACUGGGAACAGCAGUUCACGUUUAAAUACCACUAUGUGGGCAAGCUGUUGAAGGAUGGUGAAGAGCCCACGGUCUAUUCAGAUGAAGAAGAAACAAAAGAUCCUGAACAACGCAAGAAAGAUUAGUGAACACCUGAAAGAAAAAUAUGGAGUUUUUGGAUUUUUAAAGGACCCUUGGUCACAUUCCGGUUCUAUUUUACUAUUUGAACAUCAGCUCUUUUUUAGAAAUGGAGAGCACCUCUGUUGAUUUGGCUGUAACUAAACACAGUUUAAUCUACAUUCCCAAGAAACUUUGCCAGACAACGCUGAGCUGCUUAAAUCCAAGCUGUGUGGUCCAAAUUGGAAUUUCAACCAAAAAUACCCAAAAUUUUGGUAAGAACGUACAUUCGCCCAAGCCCCUGCGCUCUGCAAUUCCCAGUCAUUUGCUGGUAACUUGACAAAAGGGCUCCUACAUAUGUCCUAUUAAGGAGUCACUGCAAAGCUGGAUGGCAUCCAGACAACAAGCAGAUGCUAGGUUUCCCCCCUCACCUCACAUGACUUCAUAGAGGUGACAGCUUUCCUGAAAUAUCCUGGAUCACAAUGAACAUUUCUUUACAAGGGAAUGUUUGACCAACUGCUGUUCCAUCCUCUCCCUACAUAAAUAAUGCUGAAAUGAAUGCUGUCGGCGACCUUUUCCUUUUGAAAUCUGUAUGAUUAAAGCAGAGUACACAUCACUGUAACUAUUUUGGAAAAGGGAUGGCAUGGUUUAUUCAUAACGUACCAAAUGAAUAUGGGGUUUUAAUUUUUAAACUUGCCAUUUUUUAAUAUGGCGAUUUACAUCCAGGUAUAGAAUUAGUAUAGUCAGCCGUACUGGUUUUAAACUUGUCUGCUUAAUGAAGUUAAAAUGCCUUCUGACAUAGAGAGGCGUGUAAACUGAGCAAAGACUGAUAAGCUUCAUUUACUUUGAACAUACUUGUCACAGAUUUAUAAGAUCUUAUAAUCAGUGGCUACUAAAGCAGUGAAUACAUGCAGCCAAAUACAGUGUACAUACCUAUUUGGAAAUGUAAAAUGUCCACCAAGGUCAAAGGGCAUAGGCAGCCAUCCAGCUAAAGUCAACCUUCUUAAAUGGUCUUUCCCGCUUAAAAGUAAUAUACACCUGUUGUACCUUCCAAAGGUGGUACACUAAAGCAGAAUGCUAAGAGGGGUCUCUUUCUGCUGUUGCUGUUAGUGCUUGGAAGCAUCUUGAAACACAAAGCUGAGAAAAGACUUAACAGAAGCAAAUGAGUUGAGCCUUGGGGAAACAGACUAGUGGUGCCACAAGACCCCUUCUCUUUCCUAUCAGGCAAGCAUAGUUACCACCUGGGGAUUCAACAUGGCGUGUGUGGGAUCCAGUUAAUGGUUAAGCCCCUGCACCAGAAUUUUCUGAUUGGCACAGGCUCAGUGUGCACUGGACUUGUAACACGGAUGUUAACAAAUUCUGCAGCUGGGGGUGGGGUCAGAAAGGAGACAUAAACUCUUUCUAGCUGAGAACUAGUUGGGCAACAGAACAAAUUGCUACGGUAAGUUGUAGGACCUGCUUGGCUGGUGACUAAAUCAUCUGGGUAACCACUGAUUUUAUAUACGGUUUAGAUCUAGGAUAGUGGUGUCCAGACAGCAUUGAUUUCAAUUCUUUAAAGCUCAUUCUUCAAUUAAGAGAAUAAUUCAGACAAGCUUUUCUUGUUCUCCAUAAUUGGAUCUUAGCCUGCAUAGUGAAACCGCAGAGCAUGCUGUGAGAGUUCAGUGCAACAGGUCAGAUGGGUAUUACCUGUGCACUGUGUACCCUAGAACUCCACUGCAAUGUUCAGAGGUUGCUCACAUGGCAAAUGAGUAUAGUCUCUCCCCCAUGCUCAAGAUAGCAAGUGAGUCUAGGGAAUCCUCACAGUGGCGGCAGCUGUAUUAAGUGACUUCAGUUACUAUGGUAGAGCAAUAAGCUUCGUUGUUUUAAUGGGUCCUUUUCCUUUCUCUCCCCAGUUUCUUCACAUAAAGCAAUAAUACUGUUCUUGAAAUAACAAUUUCCAUUGCUCAGAAAUGACUUUUCUAAUGAUAACUGCUGACUGGCCCAUUCUUAACAGGAGAAACACUUUACAGAAUAUAUAUUUUUUUGCCUGUGGGUAACACACUGCGCCUUAGAAGACCAGAUUUUGUUGGCUGAAGUGUUAUGACCUACCUCUGGAAAUUGUAGGCUAAUGAAGUCUUUAGUAUUGCUGCAUUCUUUCUUUAAAAGUCACUUGUAAUCCUUGCAAAGUUUUGGAUGGCUUUAUUUCAAAGCAAGGACAACAGGGUUGUACUUGAUUAAAAUAAAUAAAACAA